UUGUUCUGUGUUUUGUGACUCUGUGGUGACGUAAGAUUUGUUUAUGUACGUACAUUUCCAUAGCAUUUAAAUUUGAAAAUAAAGCAAGAAACAAGGGACAUUAAUAUCAUUUAUACCAGUAUUGAUCAAUCGAAGUCAAAAUAUAACUGAAAUAAUGGCUACAACAGGAACUUUAAAAAAAUCCGCUAGUAGUGCUCCUAGGAAAAAGUCUGGUCCAAAAUUCGAGUUGAGCGAAGAGCAAAAAACUGAUAUCAGGGAGGCGUUUGAUUUAUUCGACAACGAAGGAAUUGGCAAAAUAGAUGCUAAGGAUCUAAAAGUAGCUAUAAGGGCACUUGGAUUUGAACCUAAAAAAGAAGAAAUCAAGAAGAUGAUAGCUGACAUUGACAAAGAUGGAACAGGGAAAAUUUCAUUCGAUGAUUUUCUUGAACUCAUGUCGAUCAAGAUGGCUGAGAAAGACUCGAAAGAAGAAAUAAUGAAAGCAUUCCGUUUGUUUGAUGAUGACGAGACAGGAAAAAUUAGUUUUAAAAAUCUGAAGCGAGUCGCUAAGGAAUUAGGAGAGAAUUUAACUGAUGAAGAAUUGCAGGAAAUGAUUGAUGAGGCAGAUAGAGAUGGAGAUGGAGAAAUUAAUCAAGAGGAAUUUCUUAGAAUUAUGAAGAAAACUAGUUUAUACUAAAAUAUUACGUGUAGAAUGUUUUGAUAUUAAUGUACUAUUUAUAUUUUGUAAACUAUGUGGAGAAUUUAUGCCUCUGUGUAUCAAAUAAAGUCGGUGUUUUACAGUGUGA